AUGCGGAAGUCCUUGUCUAGGAGACUGUGUGUGUGUGUGUGUGUGUGUGUGCGCGCGCGCAUUCAAGUCCGACUCUUUGCAACACCAUGGACUCCACAAGGCUCCUCUGUCCAUGGAAUUUUUCAGGCAAGAAUACUGAACCAGGUUGCCAUUUCCUCCUCCAGGGGAUCUUCCCAAUCCAGGGAUCAAACCGACAUUUCUUGUGCCUCCUGCAUUGGCAGACAUUCUUUACCACUAACACCACUACCUCGGAAGCCAAGAGGCAUUCUACCACCAACUAUUCUUUUAAAAAUUACCUUCUUUAAACUUCAGACUGUCAUUCAAAGUUAUUUCUUCGGUAUCUUAGAUAGAUCAGUAAAACUCAAACAUUCAAAAAACUAA